AUGGGGAAGUCAGGGAAAUCAGUGAAGGUUGACAAGUCUGGGAAGUCUCACAAGGUUGGGAAGGCUGGACAGAAACGUAAGUGUCGGGAGAGGGAAGGCGAAAGGGUGGAAUUGGUGGAAGCUGUGACCGAACACGAAGAGUUUACGCCUAAUGGAUCAUCUUCAGAGGCUCCUGCAAGUGAAAGAUCAACUGCUCCAUCAAUUGGGGAAAGUAGUCAACUUGCUACCGCAAAGAGUAAGAAAGUUCGAGGCAAGGGCAAAGGAGUUAAGCCGGGGCACAACAUAGCUCUUGAAAUCUAUGAUAAGAUGAUAAUCACACCACCGGUUGUUCAUGAAAUCAGUAAAAUCUUCCACCAACAUAUCAAUGGUCCAUGGACAACAUUCUCGCAGUUUCCUAAAGAAGAAUUGGAUGCGUUAUAUGCACGUUUCAAGGAAGCAGGCUUCAACUGUUCACUUCCAGAAGAAGAAGUGGAGCAAGCUGUUAAAAACUAUGUCAAGAUGCAAUAUGGAAAAUGGAUGUUUGCCCUUCGAAAUGAAGUAUUUUCCAAGUUUAGGUCAUUGAGUGAUAUCUACAAGAAUCCUCCUGCAUCUAUAGCUCCUUCUGUUUGGAAGGAAAUGGUCGAUAAAUGGAAUGCUCCGACAUGGAAGGAGAUAAGUAAGAAAAAUAAGCAAAAUAGAGCCAAAAGUGAGCUGAUUUCAACUGGUGGUUCUGUACCAGCGGCAAAAUAUAGAUCUGAUAUGAAAAAGAUAACUGGACAAGAGCCAACUCCAAUGGAUCUAUGGAAACGGCAGCACAUGAAAAAGAACAAAGAGUUCAGUACCCCAAAGGCUCAAGAGAUUAAUGAUGAGAUGGAAAAAAGAGUUGCUGAUGCUCGGGCUAAAGGUGAAGAACCCAAUCAUUGGGACAUAUAUCGCCAGGUUGUUGGGGAGCCACGCAAAGGUCGAGUACUUGGGAUGAGUUUGGGAGUCACAGCAGCAGAUGUUUAUGGCUAUGCCUCAACAGAUGGUUGUAGUAAACGCUGCUAA